GCAUCCCAGGGAGAACUUAGAAAAGCAGCCUCGGGGUGCGCGGCAGCCUUCAGACCAGAGCGCCUGCGUCUGCCUCUCUGCGCGGACUCCCGGGGCCGCCGGGCACACGGAGCGCUCGCCCUCCGGCCGCCAUGGACAACGGGUCCUGCUGCCUCCUCCAGGGGGACCCCAUCGCGCAGGUGAUGCCCCCGCUGCUGAUCCUGUUCUUCGUGCUGGGCGCCCUGGGCAACGGCAUCGCCCUGUGCGGCUUCUGCUUCCACAUGAAGACCUGGAAGCCCAGCACGAUCUACCUGUUCAACCUGGCCGUGGCCGACUUCCUGCUCAUGAUCUGCCUGCCGCUGCGGACGGACUACUACCUGCGGGGCCGGCGGUGGGCCUUCGAGGACGUCCCCUGCCGGGUGGCGCUGUUCAUGCUGGCCACCAACAGGGCCGGGAGCAUCGUCUUCCUGACGGUGGUGGCCGUGGACAGGUACUUCAAGGUGGUCCACCCCCACCACGCGCUGAACGCCAUCUCCAACCGGACAGCGGCCGGCCUGGUCUGCGCCCUCUGGGCCACGGUCAUCCUGGGCACGCUGCACCUCCUGACGGAGAGCCACCUGUGCGUGCAAGCGGCCACCGUGUCUUGUGAGAGCUUCAUCAUGGAGUCGGCCAACGGCUGGCACGACAUCAUGUUCCAGCUGGAGUUCUUCCUGCCCCUCGGCGCCAUCCUGUUCUGCUCCUGCCGGGCGGUCUGGAGCCUGCGGCAGAGGCGGCAGCUGGCGCGGCAGGCCCGCAUGAGGAGGGCCACCCGCUUCAUCGCGGUGGUGGCGGCCGUGUUCGUCACCUGCUACCUGCCCAGCGUGUCGGCCCGGCUGUACUUCCUCUGCACGGUGCCCUCCAGCGUCUGCGACCCCUCCAUCCACAUGGCCCUCCACGUGACCCUCAGCUUCACCUACAUGAACAGCGUGCUGGACCCCCUGGUGUAUUAUUUUUCCAGCCCCUCGUUCCCCAAGUUCUACACCAACCUCAAAAUCUGCAGCCUGAACCCCAAGCGUCCGGGGCGCCCCAAGACGCGGCAGCCGGAGGAGAUGCCCAUCUCGGACCUGUGUCGCCGGAGCUGUGCCAGCGUGGCCAACGGCUUGCAGAGCCAGUCCGAGCUGCCGUGGGAUCUCCGAAUGUGAGCGCCCCUCCCUGAAACAGACGGACAGAAUCGAGGAGGACAGACUGGAGACUUAGAAAGAACUCCCCGCGAAGGGGUGGGGGCUGGGCUGUGACCCCCUCGCUCUGGUGGAAACCGACCUUAGGCUGCCGCGCCUUUUUGGAAGGUCCCAGUGGAGAAGUGAGUGGGUCACAUUUAAGGGAUCUGAUUACAGUGACGGCAGACAACAGGUGCUCGUAGUGGGCAUGGGGGGCGGGGGGCGGGGGGUGUCGGGAAGAGCUGGGCUCCUGUGGCAUUUCAAACAGCUGAGGAAAUAGGUACUAAGCCUGCCACGUUCUCUCUCUCCCGGGGAGUUAAUGAACUUGGUGACUUACCAGCAUUUCUUCUCCUCUGACCUGAAAUCAUUCCUUGUCUUGGAAAACGGAAACGGGACUAAGUCGACGCCUUUACGUGGGGCUGAGGGAGGCUCUGCUGACUGGAACGCCCUAGUCUGAUGGUUUUCAUCUUCACAGGGGUGGGGGUGGGGGUGGGGGUGGGGGUGGGGUUGCUCGUUUCUUGACUGCUCCGGAGCCCGGGAAGAAUGACAGCAAAAACAAUCUGCUCUGACCUUCUCCGGGCUCCGCAUUUUUCUGCAAGCCUCUGCAUUUCAAAGAGCUCGCUGAGGGGUAUGUUUACCUGCCCUGAUUUCUCCAGUGGCAGCUGGAAAA